CUCCAAUCUCGGUAGCACUCUUAGAGCAGAACCGCUUUGCUAUUAACUAGAACGCAACCAGCCCAAAAUGGCGAACCGGGGCUAUGAUGUCGUCGUAGACGUGGAUGCAGAGGGCGACCUCGGGCAUACCGACCUCCAGGAGGACCUUGAAUUUCACCCCUCCAACUUUGAAAAUGACCAGCGAAGCGCCAAAGUACAGUCUGAUUCUGCGCCUUUCCUCGGCGGAGGACCCUCUCGCGGCCGUGACAGGUCCCCCGGUGGCUCGCCUUCCAAGCUCAACUGGUGGUCUAUCCAUUACUACUCGCAGUUUUUCGAUGUCGACACGAACGAGGUGCUGCGACGCUGUGUCGCGGCGCUAUACCCCCGCAGCAACUUCCUCGACGUGCUCGAGGGCAACGCCGACCUGUACGGACCGUUCUGGAUCGCAACGACGGUGGUGGUCAUCCUGUUCUUGACAGGUACUAUCUCGCAAUGGCUCUCUAACAACGACGACCAACAUUUCGAAUACGACUUUACUCUUCUUUCUGGAGCUGCGGGUUUGAUUUACGGGUAUACGGGCAUCCUGCCCAUCGCACUGUGGGGAGCGCUGCGCUGGUUCGGAAGCUCCACUGCAGACCUCAUCGAAUGCUGGGCAUUGUACGGUUACUCUAAUCUGGUCUGGAUUGCAGUAGCUUUGGUGAGCUGGAGCCCAUUGACAGCGCUCAACUGGGCGCUUGUUGGCGUUGGCUUUGGCUGGACCGUCUUCUUCCUUCUUCGCAAUCUGUACCCAGUUCUGAGUGCCACGGAUGCCAAGGCAAGCAAGAUCCUCUUGGUUCUGGUCAUCUUAUUGCAUGCGGGGUUGGCUAUUGCCAUUAAGAUCCUCUUCUUUGCACACGGAAGCCCUGUUUCCAAGAAAAACAAGGGUGACGAUGGCAAGCCACUAAUGUUCGCAAUGUAAGGAACAGAGGGGGUAAUGAGGAAAUAUUGUGGUUGCUUCUAGCAUUUGGUAGAUUCGUUUGACUGUGCUCCGGCAGCAUAUAGUCACUUUGUUCAGUGUUCUGUUUGACUGUUUCCCAUCCUGUACCUGUAUGUAUCACGGAGAAAAGAAAUGAGGCCUUGGAAUUGAAUUUUACAAUUGUGUUUGAUUGCAACUUCUUCCGAGAGGAGUCAACUAGGAAAAUUUGACUUCGGCUAUAAUGUUUCAUCAUUCCAACGCCUUUUUAAAAGCCUCCCACGCUGCAAUCCAUUGACAGGCCCCCAGCGUCUCUCCAGCAACACAAAAAAACCGUAACAAGAAAGUAAUCGUCUACUUGAGCUUCUUCUUAGGGCGGAGCUGGUUG